AUGCUCCAGCUCAUUCAGCAACACGUGCAAAAAUCGAUUGAGCGUUCCAUGCCACCUGGAGAAGAACGAACAGAGCUCCAAGAGGCCCAUGAUCUCGUGAUCCAUGGCGAGCCGGAGAAGUUCAACGGUGCGACUUCGCAUGAGGUGCGCGAUCAUUUUCAUGGUUGGGUGGCAGAACAGCUACCAAAAGUGGUUGACACACCUGAAACACUACAACGGAUCCUUGACUCGCAUUCAGAGAAGAAAACCGAAAUUCCUGGGCCUGAAUACAUUUUUGGAGCACGGUUCAACUUGGCCUUAUUUGUUGAUGAUAUAUGUUUGGAGUCUUUGGACCAUAUGGACAGUCCCGUUGUUAAGAUCAUGUAUAAGCAAUGGGGCGAUUUGAGACCUGAGGAGAGAGAUUACGAAAUUGAUCCCGAGUGGCAUGAUGGGACUACGGAUGAGGAGGAGGAGGAUGUUGGAUGGAUGUACAUGUCUAUUUCGGAGUACGUUGAAACGUACGACCGGUUUGCGUGGACACGCAUGGCUUUAUGGCAUGAGGAAUAUCUUCGGCCUCCUCAGAUGAUUGACUAUUUCUGUGACGAGACGAGGCAACCGGGCUUCUGGCGUAAUUAA